AUGGCGUUCAUAGGUAUGAAGUCUAUCAUCAUCUCUAUCACUUCUCCAACAACAAAAGCCCAUCAUCACUACUAUCUACCCAAAACUCCUCCUACCCGUAUCAGUUUCAGAUGUAAUCAGUCUUCUCUGCUAUCGACGACAUUAAGACUCAAUAAUUCUUAUUAUGAUCGACCAUUGACAGCCUUAAAAAUUGAGACGGAACCAGUAUUCUCCUAUGUGAAAUCCUUUGCACCAGCGACAAUAGCAAACGUGGGCCCGGGCUCUCAACAGAUCAAUUGCGCCAUCGAUGGCAUCGGCGAUUAUGUUUCCGUUCGCAUUGAUCCAAAGGUUAUGCCUGGAAGGGCAUCAAACUCUAACAUUCAUGGUAUUGAACCAUUCUGCGCCGCUCUAAGAGUCAUGAGACUGUUGGGGAUCAAAUCCGUUGGUCUUUCCCUCUCUAUCAAGAAGGGAUUACCACGGUUAUGGAGGAUUGAAUCGAAAGCUGCUACUACUGCUGCAGUUGUUCUUGCUGUUAAUGAGCUUUUUGGCGGGAAAUUGUCCGUCUCAGAAUUAAUUCAGGUGGGCGUCUAUGCACAGGAUUCUGAGGCAGAGGAUUUUCAACUCAUCGUCGGUAAUUUAGUGACAGCGAUCAUGGGAGGUUUUGUGAUGAUCCACGACUACGGACCUCUUGAAAUAAGUCCUCUUGAAUUUCCGAUUGAGAAAGAAUUGUUUUUCAUUUUUGUGAACCCAGAAAUCAAAAUUGGGAAAUCGUGUAGACAAGAGAUGGCAUCUAUGAAGGAAAUACAUCAACAUCAAGAUGGUGCGAUGCGUUCUGGUUCGGUAAUGUCGCCGAUUGAGUACCGGAGGAAAUGUGAGCCACUAAUUCCUGGUUUUGAAGUGAUGCAAGAGACGGCCGAAGGGGAAGCAAUGGGGUGUAGGAUAAUUAAAAAAAGGGUCAGUGAUGAUUAUCUGGAGAAAUGUAUGGAGGAGAGUAAAUCAACAAUUCCUGGUCUUGCAAAGGUGAUGAAAGUAGCAUUGGAGGAAGGAGCAUUGGGGUGUAAGUUGGUUGGGUCUAAGGUUAUUGUUGCAAUCACUGAUGAUAUGGAGAAGGGUAAAGAGAUCGGACAUAGAAUGACGGAAGCUUUCCUCAACCAUGAAGGGGGAGGUUUGAAGGCUUCAGCAAUGGUUCACAAACUUGAUCGAGUUGGUGCCAGGGUUAUUAGUAGAAAAUGA